AUGGCUAAUAGUUUCACUGAUAUUCCAAUAUUCGACGUACCUGAAAUAGUAUCGCCUCAGGCAGAAAAGAAACCAGAAAAUACUAUAGAGUCGGUUGAGACUAUUGAAGCCAGCAAUGAUCAUGGCUCUCCAGAGACCCCAAAUAUGAAGCAUUCUGUUCUGUAA